CUGAUUUUAGGAGCUCAAGGUGCUGUUAGAGGUAUUGCAGCAAGAGUUGUGUGCUGGAGAGGGGGACAAGCAGCUGCAGCUCAGAUUCUUCUACUUGAGACGCUGCAUUGAAGAAAGGGUCUGAGGUCCCUAGGAGUGAAAGGCGCGUGGCAAGCAAUCAUCCUAAAGACAAAGUGGAGGAGGAGGAGGAGGUUUCCUUUGGACUCUAAACUGUCAAACCAGAAAGCAAAAACAUGUCACAGGUCAUACCAAACCAUGUGUUGCGGGUUGGACAGACCGUAUGUGUUGCAUCACAGGAAGAAAGCAAAAGCUUGCGGCCGGCGGGGUACCCAGGCUGCUCUACGCUGCGAACGAAGGACUCCUACUACUCAACGGAUGGCUGGGCUGACCCACCCGUGAUGAUGCGAGCCCAGGCACACUUGCUUCCUAACAGAGGACUAUACGUGACCCACCCCGUGUUCGAACACAUGGCCUCCCAUGCUCAAGGGAAAGGGCAGCAGGAUACCUCUUUGGAGAGACCCGAUGUCUCUUGUCAGCCAAAGGAAGAGGAGGACACCACUGUGGAUCCUGAUGCUCACCUGGUGUCUCCUACCUUGGACAUUUCAAUAGAAAGUCUCAACCAGCUGAUCCUAGAAAUCGAUCCAACCUUUCAGCCACUCACAUGCAAGCCAGUGAAAGAAGCUGUCCAACCUGAUUCUCAGAGUGACCUUGUUGCAAAGAAGAAACAAGAUCCAGAGGCAAUAGACUUCAAAUACAUAGAGAUGACGCCAGCUAGAGCCAAGUGUCCCGAGCUGCUGCAGGGCUCCCCAAGCCCAUCCAGCACGCCGUUCUCGAGGUCCCCGCAAGGCAACGGCUUCCUGCCCCACAAAGGGGGGCUCAGAGGCAGCUGCAGCACGAACGGCAGCGUGGUCUUCUCGAGCUCCCCAGGGCCUGAGAGCCCCCGGGCAGGCCACCUAAGCUGCGCUGCCUCGCAGACCUGCAGCAAAGCAUCGGAGUGCAUCGCCAUCCCCCAGCGCUGCGCUGCUGGACAGAAGGACAGCAUCUCCUACGGCCCAAGCGCACUCCUCGGCACGUCUCCGGGCUUGGACAAUUUGCUGAAGCCUUUGCACGUUUUGAAGGCGCAGCAAAGGACCAGUGGCAUCUCCCUGCUGUCCACCAGUCCCGGGUCGGACACCAGUUACGUCCUUGGAAGCAGCACCCACUCACUCCACAAUGAUGAUUCAGACGCUCACCCUGUUGCUGGCGGCUCGGCUGACUGCCCGUCCCCCGCAGGAUCCCUUGGCAGCCCCUGCCUAUCUUCCCCAAGCGUCAAAUCUCACACUGGAGAAGCCCUUGGCCUGGGCUCCUUCCACCAAAGCUCCACCAAAGCCGGUACGCCCCCAUCACAGAAGGGCCAGGCCAGCAGCUGCCCCCCCUCCAUCCUCAACUCCACAGCCGACAUCCCGGUACUGCUGGUGAAUGGGUGCCUGGAGCAAGGAGAUGCCUCUCCCCAGCUGACCAGAGGUCCCCCAGCCUCAGUGAAGCAGAGCCCUCCUCCCGGCUGUGGUCUGUCCCCUGGGCUCGGUGGCUUGAACAACGCGCUAUCUGCACCGGUGCUCUCCUGUGCCUCGGACAGUCCCCCCAGAGAUGGGCAGCCAACCAUGAAGUUUGUGAUGGACACAUCAAAAUACUGGUUCAAGCCAAGCAUAACCAGGGAACAAGCUAUCCAGCUGCUGAAGGACAAGGAGCCAGGCACGUUCAUUGUGCGAGACAGCACGUCGUACCGGGGGUCAUUUGGACUGGCGAUGAAGGUUCUUGUCUCUCCAUCCAACAGCCACACAGGCGAUGACAGCAGUGACCUCGUCCGGCACUUCCUCAUUGAGUCGUCUGCCAAAGGGGUGCACUUGAAAGGAGCCAGUGAGGAGCUGUAUUUUGGGAGCCUCUCCGCCUUUGUGUAUCAGCACGCCAUCACCCCGCUGGCGCUGCCCUGCAAGCUCAGCAUCCCCACCCGAGAUCUUGCCGAUGGAGAAAAUAGCCCUGACCGUGCUCCAGAAUCAGUGGUGUCCCUACUGAAGAAAACUGCUGUGUGCAAUGUCUUGUACCUUAACUCGGUGAACAUGGAGACGCUCACGGGAGCCCCAGCCAUCCAGAAAGCCAUCUCCUCCACCUUCGAGCUGGAGACACUGCCCACACCCACCCUUGUGCACUUCAAAGCGACCGAGCAGGGAAUCACACUGACGGACAUCCAGAGAAAGGUGUUUUUCAGACGACACUAUCCCUUGGCUGCCAUCAGGUUCUGUGGCAUGGAUCCUGAAAACAGAAAGUGGCAGAAGUACUGCAGGGCUUCAAGAAUCUUUGGGUUUGUGGCCAAAAGCCAAACAGAUUCGGAGAAUCUCUGUCACCUGUUUGCGGAGUACGACACUGUGCAGCCAGCGUCUCUUGUGAUCGACUUUGUCAGCAAGCUUCUGGCAGGCCCGUAGAGGACAUAAACCCUGGGACAGGGCUGGCGGCUGCCCGCAUGCUGCUGAGACGGUUCCUCACUUUCUACUGCUUCUGGGUUGCAUUUUAGCAACAGCUCAUAUUUAUAUUUUUUUGUUACAUACUGUCAUGUCAGGAGUUUCAGUUAAAGAUUUUAUACUCACUGCUCAGUUCUUGGAAGCCUCUGGUGGGAUCAGAUGUUCUUUCAAGGCCUCCAUGAAGAAUCAUAUGGAAGCAUUCACUACGAUGGCAAAUGCUUCAGGAUCCCAACAUGCGGAAAGCUAUGCCUGGCUUGGGAGUAGACGUGUGUGAGAGAAAGCUGGGCUUGCCUUACGAAACUGCUGGCUCGCUCACCUGGCAUGCAUGGUUUUAUUUUCUCCAUAGGAUUGAAAUACUCUGGCUAAGAUUCCUACCAGUAAUGGGGGAUGCCUUGACUUUGGGGUGUCCAACCUGGGGCACAUUUGGGGGAGCUGAGCUCCCACCUUCAGAGAAUCAGCCUUCACGCCCCCCUCUCUCCCAAUGGCGAGGGAGGGAAGUCCUGUUAGAGACAGGGAGAUGACUCACUACCUUGAAGAUAGGCAGUUUUGCAAAUCAAAGCUUAUAAAAAUCACUAGCCCCUGCUGAAGAAUCUCGCUUUCCUAAAAGAGCAAGAAACAUCAAAAAGGCAGAAAUGUCAGAACAGCGUAUUUUUGCCAGGUGCUGGUAACUUCUCUUGCCCUUUUUUGCAAAGCAGGGUUACAGACUAGCUCAACCUACAUGUAUUGUGAUAAGCUGAGAAGUAAAUGUUGACAUUUUCAUGACAGUAAAACACUGGGAUUUUGGACAUGACUUGCACGAAUUUGGGCCAGAUCCUCCGAUGACGUAAAUUGGCGUAGCCUCGUGGAAGUCAGUGCUGCUGUGAUUUACACCAGCUGAAGACCCAGCUCUUGCCAUAAUGUCAGAGUGGAGUAGAGCUGCUCUGAAUCUAACAUAUAAUCUUCUCUUCUCCCACUUGCUUACCUUGUACCACUAUGUUGUUUUAAUUUGGGGCUGUGUGCUAACAAACACUGCUUAAGGGUAUUUUCAAUAAACCAGUCGAUCAUUUAUCUCACCACAGACACUACAGAGAUUUUAGCAACUGAAAUAUGCUACUUCGCUCUCUUAAACUGCCAAGUGUAUGUAUGCAUUGUACAUAAGGAAAAAGUCGCUAUCCUCCAGCAAGACUUUGAAACGGCGUCCAAAUGAAACAGCUCUUUGGCAACGGUAAAAAUAACUCUAUGAGUUACUGAGACGGGCUGUAUCGGGGAGGGGGGAGCACCCGGCUUCAGUAAGAGAAACU